AUGUUUUUUGCACUCGUGCCACUUUUGGCGGCGACCGCUGCGCAUGGCAGCACCAUUCGGGAUUCUGCCGGACCCAGCGGAGACCGGGUCGUUAGUUCCUAUCAAUUAUACCCCGAGAAUAUCGAUUACAACGCCAAGAACGGCCUGGCUUAUAUGAGCGUCCUGUAUAAUUCCACCAUUGCCGUCUACGAGCCAAUAAGGAACAAGAUUGUCGACAUCAUUGAGUUCCCACCGCUGUCUGGACAAGCCGUUUUCCACGCCAGCGGCGUCCAGGUUGACCCGCUAGGUUACCUAUCUGUUAUUGUCAAUGCCGGAGCCGCCUUCGACACUCGCGGCGAGGACAUCUCCGGGGACAACUUCCUCAUCAAGUACGACCUCCAGGGCAAGAAGGAGGUUUGGCGGCAAAACCUGACGGCCGUCACCAAGGGCGUGUACAACGGCUUCCAGGACAUUGAGCACGAUAGCUCCGGGACUUCCUUUGCCGUUGGCACCUGGCCGAGCAGCAUCGUCCGCGUUGGCGCUGACGGAAAAGACGCAAAGGCGUGGUACCUCACCAACGAUACCGACCACACCAAGAAAGGUCUUACCGCACUGGCCUCCAAGGGCAAUAUCCUUCUUGCCUCGGAAGAUAUAGGCCACAGACUGUUGCGGUUCGACAUGACGGCAGAUCAGGGCAACCCUACCGUGGUCCCUAUCGGCGAGAAUGGGACUACUCCCAUUGCCAACAGGCCCGACGGCAUUUACCUGCCCAAGCGAUUCUGCGGCAAUGUGCUCCUUGUAUCCUCGCAAGACCAGGGAACAAUUGUGCUUCGCUCUCGAGACGGCACCUGGGAACGUGCCGAAUGGCUCGGCAUCGUGCCCAACAGAUUUGCGAGCGAGGGUGGUUCCACGACGGCGUCUGUGCAAAUGGGCGACCGCAUCUUUGCUUCGACCGAGUGGUUUGGCGAUGCGGCCAAUAAGGUCCCUGGCACGCUUGCUGGAAACCGAACCGAGUUUCCCAUGUACGACAUUACUGACGAGGUUGUAAAGUUUGUCGGCUAG